CUUUCCCCCCAAGUCGCUUCUAUCACUAUCAUGACCACUAUCACGACAAAGGACAAGCGCCGGUACCCUGUGAAGGAGGAGCUAACCAACUUGCGCGUGGAGGCGUGGCACCUCGAAACCAAACUCAUGGACCUGCAGCGACAUCACCUCGGAUCAGUGUGGAAGCAAGUUGCGCACCACGAAGCUCAAGCCAGGCACAAUGCGCUGCAGGAAAAUGCUGCUCUGAAACAAGACUUGGACGUUGCAUCUCACUGGAUUCACGUCAUGCAGACACAGCCGACCACGGGGUUAACUUUGUCGCCUUUGAUCACAUCAAGGAGUCCCCCUCACACCAACCACAGCCACCACAGCCACCACCGACACAGGACCAAUAACAAUGUGGGCCAUGCGUACAGUUAAUGUCACAAUAUUACCAUCUAUACUUACA